CAGAAAGUGCCCUAACAAAAGCAACGUAUACUAAUUCUUCCUUGGAGGCAGAACUACAAAAAAUUGCUUAUGAGUUUGGAAUAAACAUUUCAAACACCAAAGACUAUGGGGACAUUAUCGAGAAAUGGAGGUGUUUUGUGUCAACCUUUGAGAAUGAGAAAAUGUACUUAAAAAAAGAACUCCAGAAUCUACGACAACAGUUGCAAGAAAAUGACCUUUUUUUAAAGGAUGAAUUAGCAAAACGAGAAACAAUAAUAAAAGACGAGAAAGAAAAGUAUGAGACCAUGUCAACAGAAUUACAAAAAAUGAAUGAAAAAGUUGAAGAAAGUCAGGACUUAAUUUGUCGCAACCAACAACUUCAAAACAGCUUAAAAGAAGCAGAACAAAGAAUUAUGAUCUUGAUGAAAUCUAAUGAAACCCUGGAGAAAGAAUUGGAGGAAAAAAAACUUCAUGAGCAGCUGUUAAUUGAAAACCCUGAUAUAACCUCCAAAGUUGAAGUGAAAGUGCAUGGAAAUCCUGAACAAGAUUUGGAAAAUCAAAUACAAGCUAAUGAAAUUCGUAUACAAUUGAUAUCUGUCCAGACCACGAAACUUAAAGAAACUCUCAAUAAAUUAAGAAAAUUAACAAAAUUUCGACAAGCUGCUUUAACAAAUGCCUAGGGCAUGGUUGGCGGUGUUAUUGUAAUAUUAUUAGACA